UAGUUAUUUUUCCAGACAUAGCCUAGAGUUCCAAGCCUGAAGAGAAAGAUUGAUCUGCUUUUAAAAGGGACUGUGCUAACUUAGGCCUGGACAUGGCAUUCUUGUUUCCAGCCAUAUUGAGUCUAAGCUUUAACAGUCAAAAAUUUGCUUGCUUUGAUUUUGAUGUGGCCCAUCUUUUCUUAGCUGCUCACAUUCAAGAUUUGGAAAAGAAGGACCAGUGGUGAGCAGAGUACUUCAUUAGAAUCUGAUGAGGAGUUCUUGAGAACAUUGAUUAUUACUGAGCUUGCAAAUCUUGUAACUUUAAUAUAACCUUGUCACAAAACUUCUUCAAAAUGACGAGGAUUUUGACAGCUUGCAAAGUGGUGAAGACGCUGAAGAGUGGCUUUGGUUUUGCCAAUGGGACUGCAAGGAGGCAAUGGGACUUUUCCAGACCUGGCAUCAGGCUCCUGUCUGUGAAGGCACAGACGGCACACAUUGUCCUGGAAGAUGGAACAAAGAUGAAAGGUUACUCCUUUGGCCAUCCAUCCUCAGUUGCUGGUGAAGUGGUUUUUAAUACUGGCUUAGGAGGGUACCCGGAAGCACUUACUGACCCUGCCUACAAGGGGCAGAUCCUCACCAUGGCCAACCCCAUUAUUGGGAAUGGCGGUGCCCCUGACACCACUGCACGAGAUGAACUGGGACUUAGCAAAUACUUGGAGUCUGAUGGAAUCAAGGUGGCAGGUCUGCUGGUGCUGAAUUACAGUAAUGACUACAACCACUGGCUGGCUACCAAGAGUCUGGGGCAAUGGCUGCAGGAGGAAAAGGUCCCUGCAAUUUAUGGAGUGGAUACAAGAAUGCUGACUAAAAUAAUUCGGGAUAAGGGUACCAUGCUUGGGAAGAUUGAAUUUGAUGGACAGUCUGUGGAUUUUGUGGAUCCCAAUAAGCAGAAUUUGAUUGCUGAGGUUUCAACCAAGGAUGUCAAGGUGUUUGGCAAAGGAAACCCCACGAAGGUGGUAGCUGUGGACUGUGGAAUAAAAAACAAUGUCAUCCGCCUCCUAGUUAAGCGAGGAGCUGAAGUGCACUUAGUUCCUUGGAAUCAUGACUUCACCCAGAUGGAGUAUGAUGGACUUCUGAUUGCUGGGGGACCCGGGAAUCCAGCUCUUGCACAACCACUAAUUCAGAAUGUGAAAAAGAUUUUGGAGAGUGAUCGCAAAGAGCCGUUGUUCGGAAUCAGCACAGGAAACAUAAUAACGGGAUUGGCUGCUGGUGCCAAAUCCUACAAGAUGUCCAUGGCGAACAGAGGACAGAAUCAACCUGUUUUGAAUGUCACAAACAGACAGGCUUUCAUUACUGCUCAGAACCAUGGCUAUGCUCUGGACAGCACCCUCCCUGCUGGCUGGAAACCGCUGUUUGUGAAUGUCAAUGAUCAAACAAAUGAGGGGAUUAUGCAUGAGAGCAAACCCUUCUUCGCUGUGCAGUUCCACCCAGAGGUCAGCCCGGGGCCAACAGACACUGAGUAUCUAUUUGAUUCAUUUUUCUCACUGAUAAAGAAGGGGAAAGGCACCACCAUCACCUCAGUUCUGCCAAAGCCAGCACUGGUUGCGUCUCGAGUAGAGGUUUCCAAAGUCCUUAUCCUGGGAUCUGGCGGUCUGUCCAUUGGUCAGGCAGGUGAAUUUGAUUACUCGGGAUCUCAAGCUGUAAAAGCCAUGAAGGAAGAAAACGUCAAAACUGUGCUGAUGAACCCAAACAUUGCAUCAGUGCAGACCAACGAGGUGGGACUGAAGCAGGCAGAUGCAGUCUACUUUCUCCCCAUCACCCCCCAGUUCGUCACAGAAGUCAUCAAAGCUGAGCGGCCUGAUGGGUUAAUUCUGGGCAUGGGUGGCCAGACAGCUCUGAACUGCGGAGUGGAGCUAUUCAAGAGGGGCGUGCUCAAGGAAUAUGGUGUGAAGGUUCUGGGAACAUCAGUUGAGUCCAUUAUGGCCACAGAGGAUAGACAGCUCUUCUCAGACAAACUGAAUGAGAUUAAUGAGAAGAUCGCUCCCAGUUUUGCAGUGGAAUCAAUGGAGGAUGCCUUGAAGGCAGCAGACACCAUCGGCUACCCUGUGAUGAUCCGGUCUGCUUAUGCACUGGGUGGGUUAGGCUCUGGCAUUUGUCCCAAUAAGGAGACCUUAGUGGACCUGGGCACAAAGGCAUUUGCUAUGACCAACCAGAUUCUGGUGGAGAGGUCAGUGACAGGUUGGAAAGAAAUAGAAUAUGAAGUUGUCCGAGAUGCGGAUGAUAACUGUGUUACUGUUUGUAACAUGGAAAAUGUUGACGCCAUGGGUGUUCACACAGGUGAUUCAGUUGUUGUGGCCCCCGCCCAGACACUCUCCAAUGCAGAGUUCCAGAUGUUGAGACGCACAUCAAUCAAUGUUGUUCGACACUUGGGCAUUGUGGGUGAAUGCAAUAUUCAGUUUGCUCUUCAUCCUACUUCGAUGGAAUACUGCAUCAUUGAAGUGAAUGCUAGGCUGUCCCGGAGCUCUGCCCUGGCUUCCAAGGCUACUGGCUAUCCACUGGCAUUCAUUGCAGCAAAGAUUGCCCUAGGUAUCCCACUUCCAGAAAUCAAGAAUGUUGUAUCUGGGAAGACAUCAGCCUGCUUCGAACCUAGCCUGGAUUACAUGGUGACCAAGAUUCCUCGCUGGGAUCUUGACCGUUUUCAUGGAACAUCCAGCCGAAUUGGUAGCUCAAUGAAAAGUGUAGGUGAGGUCAUGGCCAUUGGCCGCACCUUUGAGGAGAGUUUCCAGAAGGCUUUGAGGAUGUGCCACCCAUCUGUGGAUGGGUUCACUCCCCGUCUCCCAAUGAAUAAGGAAUGGCCAGCAAACCUGGACCUCAGGAAAGAGCUGUCUGAGCCCUCCAGCACUCGCAUCUAUGCCAUCGCUAAGGCAAUGGAAAAUAACAUGUCCCUGGAUGAAAUUGUGAAGCUCACAGCCAUCGACAAGUGGUUUUUGUAUAAGAUGCGUGACAUUUUAAGCAUGGACAAUACACUGAAAGGGCUCAACAGUGAGUCUAUUACAGAAGAAACCUUGAGAAAGGCCAAGGAAAUUGGGUUCUCAGACAAGCAGAUUUCCAAAUGUUUAGGACUGACUGAAGCCCAGACAAGGGAGCUGAGAUUAAAGAAAAACAUCCACCCCUGGGUUAAACAGAUUGAUACGUUGGCCGCAGAAUACCCAUCAGUUACAAACUAUCUCUAUGUUACCUACAAUGGCCAGGAGCAUGACAUCAAAUUUGAUGAACAUGGAAUGAUGGUGCUGGGCUGUGGUCCAUAUCACAUUGGCAGCAGUGUGGAAUUUGAUUGGUGUGCUGUCUCUAGCAUCCGCACUCUGCGCCAGCUUGGCAAGAAGACUGUGGUGGUGAAUUGCAACCCUGAGACCGUGAGCACUGACUUUGAUGAGUGUGACAAACUGUACUUUGAAGAGCUGUCUUUGGAGAGAAUCCUAGACAUCUACCACCAGGAGGCAUGUAAUGGCUGCAUCAUAUCAGUCGGAGGCCAGAUUCCAAACAACUUGGCUGUUCCCCUAUACAAGAAUGGUGUCAAGAUCAUGGGCACAAGCCCUCUGCAGAUUGACAGGGCUGAGGACCGCUCCAUCUUCUCAGCUGUCUUGGAUGAGCUAAAGGUGGCCCAGGCUCCUUGGAAAGCUGUUAACACAUUGAAUGAAGCACUGGAAUUUGCAAACUCUGUGGGCUAUCCCUGCUUACUGAGACCUUCCUAUGUUUUGAGUGGGUCUGCCAUGAACGUGGUAUUCUCUGAGGAUGAGAUGAAAAGAUUCCUUGAGGAGGCAACUCGAGUGUCUCAGGAGCACCCAGUGGUGCUGACUAAAUUCAUUGAAGGGGCCCGGGAAGUGGAGAUGGAUGCUGUUGGCAAAGAAGGGAGGGUCAUCUCCCAUGCCAUCUCAGAACAUGUUGAAGAUGCAGGUGUCCACUCAGGGGAUGCCACACUGAUGCUACCUACACAAACCAUCAGCCAAGGAGCCAUUGAAAAGGUGAAGGAUGCAACCCGAAAGAUUGCAAAGGCUUUUGCCAUCUCUGGACCAUUCAAUGUACAGUUCCUUGUCAAAGGAAAUGAUGUCUUGGUGAUCGAGUGCAACCUGAGAGCAUCCCGAUCCUUCCCCUUUGUUUCCAAGACUCUUGGGGUGGACUUCAUUGAUGUGGCUACUAAGGUGAUGAUUGGAGAGAGCCUUGAUGAGCAGCGUCUUCCUACCCUGGAGCAGCCCAUUAUCCCCGCUGACUAUGUUGCCAUUAAGGCUCCAAUGUUUUCCUGGCCCCGAUUGAGGGAUGCUGAUCCUAUUCUGAGAUGUGAGAUGGCUUCCACUGGAGAGGUGGCAUGCUUCGGGGAGGGGAUUCAUACAGCCUUCCUGAAGGCAAUGCUGUCUACAGGGUUUAAGAUCCCUCAGAAAGGUAUUCUGAUUGGAAUCCAGCAAUCAUUCCGUCCAAGAUUCCUUGGUGUGGCUGAGCAGUUACACAAUGAAGGUUUCAAGCUUUUUGCCACAGAAGCCACAUCAGACUGGCUCAAUGCCAACAAUGUUCCUGCCACCCCUGUGGCAUGGCCAUCCCAGGAAGGACAGAAUCCCAGCCUCUCUUCCAUCAGAAAAUUGAUUAGAGAUGGAAGCAUUGACCUUGUGAUUAACCUCCCCAACAACAACACCAAAUUCGUUCAUGAUAAUUAUGUGAUUCGGAGGACAGCUGUGGACAGUGGGAUUGCUCUCCUCACUAAUUUCCAGGUGACCAAACUUUUUGCUGAAGCUGUGCAGAAAUCUCGCACUGUGGACUCCAAGAGUCUGUUCCACUACAGGCAGUACAGUGCUGGCAAAGCAGCAUAGAGCAGAAAAUGUCCAGUGAAUUCAUCCUUGAGUCAGCAUGAGCCACACAGCUCCAAAAGGACCAUUCCCAGCCUAUCUCCAGAAAUGGAUGUUGUUGCCAAACUCUAUUUUGGGUUCCUCUGUUCACAAAGUUUGUAUCUUUAACCAUUAAAUUGUUGUCAGUCACUGUUUCAAAACUACCAAGUCCUACCCGAUUCACUUGUUCUUCACAAGGAAUUCAACCAUUCACAGCUUUCUUUUUGUGGACUUGCUCUUAACAUUUCAUGGUGCUGAUUAAUAGUGAUCAAAGUAGAAAAAGUUAUCCUAUCUCCUGAACUCCAUACUCUAAACAUACUCUUGUUUUUGAAGUCAUGUCUGUCACACCCAGAAUCCACUAACAGGGCAGAUUACCAUGAAAAUUUGUUAAAAUGAAAUAUGGGUUUAAUUUAUGAGUGGCAUCAUGUUUGUGUAGUGUUUCUUUUUUGACAAUGAUUCUCAUGUAUUUAGCCAAUCUAGGAAUAUCGUUUCUUCUUCCCAUAAUACACAGUGUGAGACUGGAUUUCUUUGUUGGAUACUUGCUUGAAGUUUUUGGAGGAUGUCAGCAGUUGGCAGAGAACACAGAGAUGGUGAUAUGCUUGCUGAAUUUUAGUACUAGCAAAGGGAAAUGUUCAGAGUCAUGACAUUCACCUUCUGGUCAAAUUUUGAAACAUGUUGGGAGUCACUGUUCCUUUUGUAUGAUGGAUUCUGGUGACUGUCUGAGUCUCUUCUGUAUAUGUACUCCACACAUAUUAAACAUAUGGCCCUUUUAUAUCAUGGAUUCUGGUGAUCGCCUCCGCUGAAUUCUGUAAUCCACACAUACUAAACAUAAGACCCCCCAUUCCUUUACAUACAAGAUUUUUUUCUUUCAAGGUAGCUUUUGUUACCUUUAAGUGUUUUGGUUAUUAUAGUGCUUUGAUGGUGAACUUUUAAAUAAAAUACUAUUAAGUGAAAA